AUGUCUGCGUCGCCGGAGUUCUACAAGCCAGCGCCGCCGGCGUUCUCGCCGUGCAGCUCGCCGCUCCUCCUGCAUGGGGCAGGGGCGGGAGCCGCAGGAGCGGUAGCGGAGGAGAGCGCCGCCGCCGCGACCAUGUGGCCGCAGGAGGAGGAGGACUACCGGUGCCGGACGCCGACGAGCGGGGAGAGCCAGGUGAAGCCGCCGGGGACGUGCCCGCCGGCGCCGCGGAAGCCGCGGGGGCCCGCGGCCCCCGCGCCGUGCCGGAAGCGCCUGUUCGAGGUGGAGGUGUUCAGCCUGCGGCUGGAGGAGCUGGAACGCCUCUUCUGGCGCCAGCACCCCGCCGCGCAAAAGCCGCCGACCGCCCAGAAGAAGCGCCGGAGGGUGGCCUGCCCGGAGCCCAAGAAGAGCAGCUAG